AUGACUGCAAGCGCCAACUCUUUACUUGUCGGGCUGCUUCAGGUCGUCGGGCAGCGACCUUUCAAGAUCCUAUCUUCGAGCGUGCUGAGCGACGGCUUGUGCGAGGCGGAGGUUCAGUACUUCGACCUCGAGGCAGUUACUGAGGGCGUGUCGGUCCAGGAAAUCGAGAGCCCCGACGAGGUGGAGGCGUCGGCGGCGGAGAUUGCCCGUUUAGUCCCGGAGUGGGAGGAGCUCGUGAUUCAG